AUGCCGCCGUCAAGGACGACAAGACCUGCUGCGCAGUGGGACGCAUCCGCAUCCACCAUCUUGCCGCGUCAGAGAGCUAGACAGGCCGGCAAUGUCUCGCUCAGCUCCACCGUCGGCGCGCCCACCCCAGGCAGGCCAUCAUCGCGCAACAUGGCGGACAACUCGCUCGCAUCUACGAUAGCCGCCUCGACUCCAGCUGGGCGCGGCCGUCCGUCUCAUCCAGCCAUGCAAGCACUCACUUCAGCAGACACGAGUUUCGCAUCGACAUCCUACGGUGCGCGUCCCGCCCGACCGCCUGGUCGCCCGCCCAAAUCCAUCCUAGCCACUCCGGCGGGUCGAUCGCACAUCUCCCCGCCGAACAGCGUCUCGUUCUCCGAUCAGCCCAAGCGUCGAGGUCGUCCACCCAAGAGUGCGAGCAGCCAAGCAUCGUCCUCCGUGGCAGCGGGCAAGAAGCGUGGCAGGCCACCUUCCUCGCGCGACACGUACACCGAGACCUCCUCCGUAGCCUCCUCGUCGCGUCGCGGUCGACCGCCGGGAAGCACCAACAAGACGAGACAACAGCAGCUCGGGCUGCCAAAGUCUCGAUCUUCGAGACCCGAACCCGAUCCGGAAUCCGACUCGGAGGUGUCCCUCAUCGACGGCGCUUCCGAAGACGACGAUGACGAGGAAGAGGAUGCGAGUCUGUCCGCAGACGAAGACGAGGUCCUGUCAUCUGAAGACGAGGCGCGGCAACGCACGAGCGGGAGGAAGAAGAUCAAGCGCAAAGGUUGGCCGAGCGAGAAGGAGAGGCUGCGCAAGUGGCGCAGGUUGAGCGUCGAGGAGCGCGAAUGUGUGACGUCGGAGGGUGGCUUGAUCUGGCGUACUGCCAUUCCGCUGCUCAAUUCGAUGCCCAAGAACAUCCGGUCUAUGGUGGCCGACAGCCUCACGCGCGCGCUCAACCGGAUCGACAGCAAGCUCGAAACGGGUCUCGUCCCACCCCUCGCGCGCAUUCCGCAAGGCAACAUCACCGCCUCCGCCUCGCGCCGCGAUUUGGCGAGUAGCAUGCUCUCAUGGCGUCUCGAAGAGGAAGGCUCGCUGCUGCGCGCUGAGAACCCGGAACAGCAGGUCGACAUGAUGGGUCUUGGCAUGAACGGCGACAUCCUCGAGCUCGAACAGAUGCUCCUUCCCGAGGCAGAACACAUUGUCGAGCUGAGCAAGACGCUCACACAUCAGUCGGAGCAUCUCGAACGCUCGACGGCCAACAUUGCUAGGCUGAAGCGCGACCGCAGGCUCAUCAAGACGGGCGGGUCGACCGACUACCCCGGCAAUCUCGAGGCGAACGAGAUGCUGUCCGUGACGAACCACAAUCCGGCGCUGGAUCCCAGCCUCUCAUCACUGCUGCGUCUCAGCACAAGAGCUUGA